AAAUUCCGCCCAGAUCUGGCUAGAAUCGAGUAUCUGUCGACAGUUGAUGAUAGACUACAAUGGCAGAAAAAUGCGUUACCAGUUGAUGACUUAUGCAGCGAAAACGCUAUCAUGUUGCAUCGCUUUAACCGUUAUCCUCUGAUCAUCGAUCCAUCAGGUCAAGCUGCUGAAUACAUAAUGAAGCAAUUUGCUGGCAGGAAUAUACAGAAGACCAGUUUCUUGGAUGAUUCAUUCAGGAAAAAUCUCGAAUCUGCUCUGCGAUUUGGUAAUUCCCUUCUUGUGCAAGAUGUUGAAAGCUACGAUCCUAUUCUUAACCCCGGAGAAUUUGCGGUACGCCUUAGACAACUGGAGAAAGCUCUACUGGCAGCGUUAAAUGAAAGCAAAGGAAAGAUUUUGGAUGAUAAUUCAGUCAUUGGCACUCUCGAAAAGCUGAAGAAUGAAGCAUCUGAAGUAGCGAAGAAAGCUGCAGAGACCGAUAAAGUCAUGGCUGAGGUGGAAACUGUUUCGGGACAAUAUCAAAGACUUGCAGCUGCUUGCUCACAGAUCUAUCAUACGCUGCAGCAGCUGAAUGAGGUAUGUUGA